AUGGCCUCUACACUUACACCUGAGAUGAAUAAAGUGCGCAAGACCGCGCUGUCGUUGUUGGAGCGUGCCUACUGCCCUUACAGUGGAUUUCCUGUGGGUGCAGCGUUGAUAGACCCCGAGGGCCGAAUUUUCACAGGCGUGAAUGUGGAGAUUGCCUCCUUUCCCUGUGGUUGGUGUGCUGAAGUCAGUGCUUUCGGGGCAGCUCUCACAGCCGGAGUGAAGGAUUUCGUCGCGAUGGCAGUUGCAGUGGAUAGAGAUGAGUUUGCCUCGCCCUGUGGUCGCUGUAGGCAGGUUGUCUGUGAGUUCUGCUAUGGGAAGAAUAUGCCCCUACUACUGGUGAACAGGAAGGGGGAGUACCACCUCACGAAGAUUGAAGAACUGCACGCAAUGGCCUUCCUGCAGAAGAAUUUGGACAAGAAGUAA